AUGCGCAACGCUGUUACCGAGGGCCGUCGGUACCGUAGAACGAAAAAGCAAGUUGAUGUGGAACUAGAUGCGAUAAACGAAGAGGCGCGACCCGCUUGGCAAGUGUACAUACGCGCCAUUGCGGAGGUCAAGCAGGUCAAGAAGGAUUUACGUCUUGCACGCCUCCCCCACUAUGACGAACAAGUUCGUCUCAAAGCCGUGAAGGACUAUCGCAAGCGCGCACAGAAUAAUUAUCGGGCCUUCAAGACGCGCGAACGGCGACUUAAGAGCAGGCUGCGGGAUGCAGAACACAUUUGGUGGACCAGCUUGUGGGAUCUUGAUCAUUAUCACCGCCUGAUCUUGGAAGAUGCUGGAGUUGUAUCAGAUGACGAUGAGAGAGACUGGAACGCAGCCGACUACAGAUUCCAUCACAGAAUUCGCUCCCGAUACUAUGGGGAUAGUGAUGUGUAUAACGGUGAAGAUACCAACACGGAUAGCUCUUGUGGUGCGGUGUCACCCGAACCAGAGCCCAACGAGAUGCCGGCGAAGGCUCCGCGAACGUAUGAGGAAGAACUAGCUGAUAUAAAAGACGAGUGGGUGCAACACCUUGCAGGCCUCGAAGCAAAGGUCCAAUCGGCUAGGCAGAUGCAUGACGACGCUCGGGGCACCCACGGGCCCUUGCUAGACUUUUACUGUAGAGAUAAUCCCGAUCGCGACCCGGAAGAGCUGAAGGAUGAGUACGGCCCGCAAUUCGUGCAGCUUAUACGUAAAUAUGCAACGAUGUUACAGGACGCGGAGGAUAAGCUAGAAGCUAGAAGAGCGGCAGCCAGAGCAGCUGGAAUCGAUCCAUAUGCGGAAAAUGCGUUCGACUUGGGUGGAGAUAAGAAGUACCUGGAGAGAUUGGUCGCGGAAAAUGCUGAGAAGUUGAUAGCAAAUGUCGACCGCAGAAAGAUUUCUCGAUGGCUGGAUAGCUUCCGGAACCGCAAGAGGAACAAGUUUAUGGUAGGCGACGCAAACCUGGACAGCAUCAGCGUGUUCAAUGAUGAUGACUACAUACGGCGACAUAUUGAUAGUUGGGCGACCGAGAAGCGGGGUGGGUAUCUGUGA